CCCGACAUUGCUCCAUCUCGAGGGCCUGCCCUGCUCACCUGGGGUUUAAACACAGGAAAACAUGCUGUUGGUGAGAGGUGGGCUUUUUCAGCCUGAGUUUAUCAAGAUCCUUCCUGAGGUGGUCAAAAGGAGACUGCUUGGGUGAUGGUUGGGUCUCUUGCUGUAGCCCUGAUGACCGCUGGGAUGACGGAGGACGAAAGAAGGGGGGUGGAAUCAGCUGCAGCUCCUGGAGGCUGAGAGCAGAGCCUUGGUAGCCAAGAGACAGGCCGUGGUGUGUGCUGACGUUUCUGUCCUGCAUGCCGGAGGCGGCAGUUCCUGGCCCUGCUUACCCUUUCCACUGUAAGAGAGAGAGAGAGCCAGUUGCACACAAAGGUGCUCAGUAUGCAACUGGGAGCUGCUCUCCGCAAGGGGCCCGCUGGUUUUCUGUGGCUUCCUGUUUAGUCAAGGCAAAGCCUCCAGCUCGGAGCUGCCUGUCCUCGUCUUUAUGGCCCUGGAAUGGUUUUGACUUUGAAAGCUGCGUGGCAGGGAGCAAGUCUGGAUCAGAAGGCAGUAAAAAGCAGGCGGGUUGGUCAUCCCAGGCCGGUGGCUUCACAGUCACAAAAUACAGCGAAGGGGAGACCAAGACAAAGGCUGUUUCUGGCCACAGGCUUCCAAGCGAUCGGCGAAGCUGUUGGGAACAGAGGGGGACCCUCCUCUGGGGCUGGUCUUUGCUUCUUAGCCAUCCCGAGCAUUUGUAAAGGGACCGUGACAUCACAGCCAUGCAACCCGUGGUCGGGGGACGAGAGAGAGUGGCUGGCAGUGGCCUGUAUUACCAGGAGAGGCUGCCUGGGCAAAACCGGUGAAGGCGGGGGCCAGAAACAGCAGCUUUACCCAGCAGGGGGUGGGGGGCGGAGGAUGCAGGCGGCUUUUCCCCUCGAAGCCGCUCGUGGGCCAUCUUGUCCUGUCCUUUUGCCGAGAUGGGGAGCACCGUCCGGGGCGUCUUCUGGACCAGCCUGCUUCUCUCCACGUUAUUUGCGGGGCUGGUACGGAGUGGGCGUCAGAUGGAUAAGCUGGCCGAGAAGAAGCUGUGUGCGGACGCAGAGUGUGACCACCCCAUCUCUAUGGCAGUGGCCCUCCAGGAUUACAUCGCCCCCGACUGCCGCUUCAUCAACAUCCAGAGGGGCCAGGUGGUCUACGUCUUCUCCAAGCUGAAAGGCCGUGGGCGACUCUUCUGGGGUGGCAGCGUGCAAGGGGACUAUUAUGGGGACCAGGCCGCCCGCCUGGGCUAUUUCCCGAGCUCCGUUGUCCAGGAGAACCAGUACCUGAAGCCGGGCAAGGUGGAGGUGAAGACCAGCAGGUGGGACUUCUAUUGCCAGUGACGGAGGCUGCCCAGAUAACAAGGCCUUCGCUCCUUCAGAAGCUGUGCCGCUCUCUGACGGAGUCAACUGGAAGAAAGCCAUGCCUCACGGCCCAAUCCCUUGCCCGUCCGGUUUUCCCAAAGACAAGCUUGCUCUUCCAGCUGCUGCUGCUUCUCCUAUGUUUGCAUGAAAAGGCGUUGCCAAUUGGGGUGAAGCCUUCAAGUCGGCAUACACAGAGAGAGAGAGAAAGAG